AAAAACCCGGUCGCUUUCAUUCAUCAAGUCUGAAAUAAGGAUAAAGAUUUUUUUUGCAUUGGAGUGGACUGCAGCUGAAUCAAAAUUGUAGAACAAUGGCUACUCACAAGCGGAUCCUAAGCACCCUGAGAAACGGCCCCACACGGCGAAACCUAUUCGGCCCCGUAGACCGAGAGCAGCUGCAGGUGGAGUACCAGGCUUCGAUUCGCAAAGACCUGGAGGAGGCUUCACACCGCUGGGGUUUCGACUUCAUCUCGGAUAAGCCUCUGGAGAGCAGCGAUUUCCAAUGGGAGGGUGUCCCAGGUACCAAGGUGCCACUGCUCUACAGAUCCUGUAUGUUUGAUCUGGAACAGGUGGAAAGUCAGAGGGCAGCAGAGGUGAAGGUUUCCCCUAAAAGAGGGAAAGUGGCCCCACCACACAAUGAAAAGGAGAACAUCCCGCUCAGCCCGCAAAGAUGUGCACUCAGACUGGUAAACUUUGAGAAAACACCUGAAAAAAGAGAGAAUACAGGACUCAAGAGGAAACAGACUAACCUUACAGAUUUCUAUCAGGCUAAAAGGAGAGUAGUCGGGAUGCCACGCAAAUCUGGCGAGUGAUUUCUGCUGCAGUUUACUGAAAAAGUGCCAACCACACAACACAGUACAACACUCAGGAAUACAACGUUCUGCACAGACUGCACUCUCACUCACCAGGAGGUCGCACACCCUGUGAAUCAAAAACAGAAGGGACCUCUGCUACAUCAGGCAUCAUUACUAUAAAGGUUAAUUAGGGUACUGUAUUCACUCUGAUGGGGUUGGUGUUUUCCCAUGUGGGAAGAAGGGGACAUCUGAGCAGAGAAGAUUAACAGUAAUCUCUGGAAUCGGUGGAUUUAUACUCUUUUGGAUCAAGGGGAUGCCAAAGUGUGGACUCACAUUUCCUACUGUACAUUCCACAAUGCUGAAAACACAGGGUCGUCUCUGCGUUUGGACCUCUCCGUUCUGUAGAAACUCUGUGCCUCUUGCAGUUCAGGGAUACCGUGGAUGAAUAUUUUACACUUGAAACACUUGACAUGUCGGUUAAAAAUCAUUUUGUCUUGUGUGAGAAAAUGGUAGAGAAUGGAUGAAGCCCUUUGGCUCCUUUGUUGAAUCCACUGUUGUUAUUGUUGUUUUUUUACAGUGUUUUUUUUCUAUGUGUAUCAUGAGGGCUAGGAAUCAUCUUAAAGUCUUUUUUUACAAGCACUUCCUGUCCAAAGUGUAUUAUACUAUAUAUCCAGAUGUACAAUCAUGUUUUAUGUACCAACAUGUGCUCAUAUGAAAAUGCUUGAUGAGUGCUGAUAUCCUGUACAUGCAGUUGCUUUGCUUAGAUUAUGAAAAGACAGAAGUGCCAUCAUGUCAUCUGCCAGUCCUCCCAUCAACUACACUGUGAUUGAUUUUCAAAGCAGAUCUCCACAAGUGCCCUGUCCACACUCUGAUGUGUAUAUCACUAGAUUGUAGGUUAGAAGUGUAGCACAAGGUCUUUGAAACACUUAAAAAAACAUGUAUAUUUAGAUUUAUAUAUCAGAGAUUUAUCAAUAGAGUUUAAUAGAGCACUGUUAAGUAGCAUAACCAUAAAAAAACAGCCUUUAAGGAAUUUAAUUUUGGUGUUUUGAAGCAUCAUAAAAGACAAUCAGUCAAAACUGUUCUCAAAAACAAGCAUAUUAAGCUAAAGCAAAGUGAUUUAUUCUUUUCUAUUUGAAAGCAUAGUGCAAUUUAACAGUCAGUGUGUUAUUAUCUGCCUCAAAACAAACUGUAUUUUUCUUUAUGACACUUAUUUAUGUCUAUGUUGGCAAAUCCUGCUGCUAUGGGUAAUCUGAAUGGGUGUUAAACAAGGUCACCGUCACACUAAUCCUAAUGAUCUGACAUGCAAAGCUAAGCGAACGUCAGCAUUACCCCAAACGAUGAAUGCACUUCUGUUUUUAGAUGCUUAUGUACAGGUGUGUCAUAUUUGUUUUAUGUCAAAAGCUACAAUUGAAAGUUCUAUCCUUAU